GAGACCAGUAAUGGACGUCCCUCCAUGCACAGAUUACCUAACACAGCAGUAAACACUUGGAGGAAGAACAUCUGAGAUGGUUGUUGACUUCUGUAUGCCCCUUGUCUUCUUUCCUCUGCCUCCCAGUCGACAGCAUCUCCACAAGAUGGCCAACUCCACCAUGGUGACCGAGUUUCUCCUCAUGGGCUUUGCUGAAGGCUGGAAACUAAGGUUCCUGUACUCCAUGUUAUUCUUAUUCAUGUACCUGGCCACCCUCUUAGGGAACCUUCUCAUCGUCACCGUCACCACUGCUGACCAGAACCUGCACACGCCCAUGUACUUCUUCCUCAGGAACCUGUCUGUCUUGGACAUGUGUUAUAUUUCCGUCACUGUCCCCACUGCCUGUGUCAACUCUCUCACUGGCCACAGGGCCAUUUCAGUGGCUGGCUGUGCAACCCAGAUCUUCUUGGUCAUUUUUUGUGCCUUUGUGGAGAUUCUGUUUCUCACCAUCAUGGCCUGGGACCGUUAUGUGGCCAUCUGCCAGCCCCUCCAUUAUUCAACUAUCAUAAACCUCCAACUUUGUGUCCGCCUGACCCUGGCUUCCCUGCUCAGUGGCCUGGUCUACGCAGGUGCACACACUGGAAACACAUUACAGCUGAACUUCUGUGGCUCCAACGAGGUCCCUCAGUUUUUCUGUGACAUCCCCUCCCUGCUGAGGCUCUCUUGCUCUGACACGUCCAGCAAUGAGCUCUCCAUUCUCAUCUCCGCUGUGGUGGUCUGUGGAGGCUGCUUUGUUUUCAUCGCCAUGUCCUAUGUGCGCAUAUUUUCUACUGUGGUCAGAUUCCCCACACAGGAGCAGGGGAAGGCCUUCUCCACCUGCAUCCCCCACAUCCUCGUGGUGACCGUCUUCCUUAGUUCUAUCUCUUACGUGUAUCUAAGGCCACCAGUGACCUCUGAGGCGAUUCAGGACAUAGUUCUCUCUGUGUUUUACACUAUUGUUCCUCCCCUCUUGAAUCCUGUCCUCUACAGUCUCAGAAACAAACAGGUAAAAGAAGCUGUGCGGAAAGUCAUAUUGAGAAGGGUUUAUUCCGGAGCAUAA